AUGGUGCACCUCAACCGCAUCGCCACGGAUGCCGAAAUCCAAGCCACCAAGAGGCUCGUCGGCGGCCUGAGCAAGUUCAAGUUCGAGCCCGUCGACGAGGAGCCGGAUGAUUUUACUGCGACCGUGUAUGGGAGUAAGUAUGCGGCGGAGGAUCUGCCGCGGUAUGAGAUGCCAGAGCGCGAGAUGCCGCCGCAGGUGGCGUAUCGCAUGAUUAAGGAUGAUCUUACGCUGGAUGGGACGCCGACGCUGAAUUUGGCGAGCUUUGUUACGACGUAUAUGGUAUGUGUUUUCUGCUUCCCGGGAGGCGUGGGUUUUGCCGGAGAGGAGGAGAGGAGGGAGCGGACGGGCUGCGAUGGUGCGGGGGGGAUGAUGGAAGACGAAGCCGAAAAGCUCAUGGUCGACGCCUUCAGCAAGAACUUCAUCGACUACGAGGAGUACCCCGUCAGCGCCGACAUCCAAAACCGCUGCGUAGCCAUGAUCGCCCGCCUCUUCAAUGCGCCCACGUCGGAAGACUCCAACGCGGUUGGCACCUCGUCGAUCGGCAGCUCGGAAGCCAUCAUGCUCGGUGUGCUCGCCAUGAAGAAGCUGUGGGCCAACAAGCGCAAGGCCCAAGGAAAGCCGUACGACAGACCCAACAUCAUCAUGAAUUCGGCUGUCCAGGUGUGCUGGGAGAAGGCCGCGCGGUAUUUUGACGUAGAGGAGAAAUACGUGUAUUGCACAGGAGACCGCUACGUGAUUGAUCCGCACGAGUGUGUCGACCUGAUUGACGAGAAUACCAUUGGUAUUUGUGCGAUUCUGGGGACCACUUAUACGGGAGAGUACGAGGAUGUCAAGGCCAUCAACGACCUGCUCGUCGCGCGAAACAUCGACGUCCCCAUCCACGUCGACGCCGCCUCCGGUGGCUUCGUCGUCCCGUUCGUCAACCCAGGCCUAGAGUGGGACUUCCGCCUGGAAAAAGUCGUCUCCAUCAACGUCUCCGGCCACAAGUACGGGCUCGUCUACCCCGGUGUCGGAUGGGUCGUCUGGCGGGACCCGAUGUACCUCCCCAAAGAACUCGUCUUCAACAUCAACUAUCUCGGCGCAGACCAAGCCUCCUUCACGCUGAACUUCUCCCGCGGCGCGUCUCAGAUCAUCGGCCAGUACUACCAGAUGAUCCGGUUGGGCAAGCGCGGAUACCGCCGCAUCAUGCUCAAUCUCACGCGGACGGCCGACUAUCUCGCUGCGAACCUUGAGGAGCUGGGCUUCAUUAUCCUGUCCGAGAGGAGCGGCGCCGGGCUGCCGCUCGUAGCCUGCCGGCUGGAUGAGGACCUGGGCAAGCAGUACGACGAGUUCGCCAUCGCCCACCAGCUCCGCGAGCGCGGCUGGGUCGUCCCCGCAUACACCAUGGCGCCGCACUCGGAGCAAAUGAAGCUCAUGCGCAUCGUCGUGCGCGAGGACUUCACCAAGUCGCGCUGCGACGCCCUGAUCACUGACUUCAAGUUGGCGCUGCAGACGCUCGACGCCAUGGACGCAAAGCGGCUCGAGGAGCACAGGGAGCACGCGAAAGAGUUCCACAUGCGCCGCCGCUCGACGCUCAUUGGGAACAUGCCCCCGUCGAAGCGCUGGUCGACGGGCCACUUCGACGACGACCAUAGCUUGCAGGCGAAGCAUGGGAAGACGCAUGCGGUGUGCUAG